GGGCGGACGGUGCGCCUUGCGCAGGCGCGAAGCCUAGACCUCGCUGCAGCACCCCCAUCGCCUCCGGGAGUCGCACCCAGGGAGGUCGCCUGCUGGCGCGUCAGUGCUCUCCCCGUCGUCUGCCCUCCCCGGUCCCCCCAGCACCCUACGCGCCCCGAUGGCGGAGUUGCGGCCUAGCUGCGCCCCCGGCCCCACCGCGCCCCCGGCCCCUGGCCCUACAGCCCCUCCGGCCUUCGCCUCGCUCUUCCCCCCGGGACUGCACGCCAUCUACGGAGAGUGCCGCCGUCUUUACCCAGACCAGCCGAACCCGCUCCAGGUUACCGCUAUCGUCAAGUACUGGUUGGGUGGCCCAGACCCCUUGGACUAUGUUAGCAUGUACAGGAAUGUGGGGAGCCCUUCGGCCAACAUCCCCGAGCACUGGCACUACAUCAGCUUUGGCCUGAGUGAUCUCUAUGGCGACAACAGAGUCCAUGAAUUCACAGGAACAGAUGGACCUAGUGGUUUUGGCUUUGAGUUGACAUUUCGUCUGAAGAGAGAAACAGGGGAGUCUGCGCCCCCAACAUGGCCAGCAGAACUAAUGCAAGGCUUGGCCAGAUAUGUGUUCCAGUCAGAGAACACCUUCUGCAGCGGGGACCACGUGUCUUGGCAUAGCCCUUUGGAUAACAGUGAGUCGAGAAUUCAGCACAUGUUGCUGACAGAGGACCCGCAGAUGCAGCCCGUGCAGACACCGUUUGGGGUGGUUACCUUCCUCCAGAUUGUUGGCGUCUGCACCGAGGAGCUCCACGCAGCCCAGCAGUGGAAUGGGCAGGGCAUCCUGGAGCUGCUGCGGACAGUACCCAUCGCUGGCGGCCCCUGGCUGAUAACUGACAUGAGGAGGGGAGAGACCAUAUUUGAGAUCGAUCCACACCUGCAACAGGAGAGAGUUGACAAAGGCAUUGAGACGGACGGGUCCAACCUGAGCGGUGUCAGCGCCAAGUGCGCCUGGGAUGACCUGAGCCGGCCCCCCGAGGACGACGAGGACAGCCGGAGCAUUUGCAUCGGCACUCAGCCCCGGCGGCUCUCUGGCAAAGACACGGAGCAAAUCCGGGAGACCUUGAGGAGAGGACUUGAGAUCAACAGCAAACCCGUCCUUCCGCCAAUCAACCCCCAGCGGCAGAACGGUCUCACCCACGACCGGGCCCCGAGCCGCAAAGACAGCCUGGAAAGUGACAGCUCCACGGCCAUUAUUCCCCACGAGCUGAUCCGCACGCGGCAGCUCGAGAGCGUACAUCUGAAAUUCAACCAGGAGUCAGGAGCCCUCAUUCCUCUCUGCCUGAGGGGCAGGCUCCUGCACGGACGGCACUUUACAUAUAAAAGUAUCACAGGUGACAUGGCCAUCACCUUUGUCUCCACGGGAGUAGAAGGCGCCUUUGCCACCGAAGAGCACCCUUACGCAGCUCAUGGACCCUGGUUACAAAUUCUGUUGACUGAAGAGUUUGUAGAGAAAAUGUUGGAGGACUUGGAAGAUUUGACUUCUCCAGAGGAAUUCAAACUUCCCAAAGAGUACAGCUGGCCCGAAAAGAAGCUCAAAGUCUCCAUCCUACCUGACGUGGUCUUUGACAGUCCGCUGCACUAGCCUGGGCUGGGCCCUGCAGGGGCCAAGGGAGAGCCCAGCUGCUCCCCGGUGACUCCAGUGUAACAACUGCGUAAACGAGACUCCCACAAAGAAAAGGACAAGUGUGAGGAUGACCACGCAGCCACUGCGCCCGUAGCCCGCUGGGAUGCCACGCACAGGCCGCAGGCCCCCCCCCAUCACCUGCAGCUCGGGGGCUUCCCCCGGCAGCCGGCCAAGCCAUGUGACCAGGCCCUGGCCCCGGUGGGCCACAGUUGGGCAAAUGCCAACCUUCCCCUCCUGCCACUGCCACAGGUUCCGUUUUGAGAUUUGCCUCCGGACCUCUGAUGUGCUCCUAGGUGGAGACAGGCCUGGUUCUCACCUACCCUCUGCCACACAGCCCAGCAGGAGGGAGGCGGAGUGGUCGCCUGCGCUGCCCAGCUCAACUCUGGGGAGCCUUUGUUAGUCAAGCUCCUCUGGCCAUGGAACGAUUCCUUCGAUCGUGUUUGGUUUUCUUCCUCCUUAUUUUAUUUUGUAGAAACCGGAUGGUAUUUUAUUGCUCUUCAAAGAUGUCCAGAAGCCAUCUAUAUAAUGUUUUUUAAACAGAACUUUAUUUCCACUUGAACUUUCUCAUUCUCUCAGACAAGGGCCUGGGGCCGUCUCCCCCUGAGCUGCCACCAGAGAAGGUGUCAGUGUUCGCCUGCCAGUCCGGGGCCCUGGAGGAGCCAGCUUCGCAGAGAGGCGUUUCUUCCCAGCUGGGCCUGGUGGAGCCGAGGCACUCCCCCAUGCAGCCUUGAGCCCAGUUUAGCUGGGGCCAGGAAGGGCUGCUGCUGGUUCCCAGCUGGACUGGGUCCCCACACAGUUCAAGGAUCAUCAGGACCUCCGAGACUUGGUGACCGCGGCCUCACCUUCCAGGCGUUUUCCUCCCAACCAGGCGUGCCUGAGAGAGGGCGAAGCCCAGCGCUUCACAGACCAUCCCCACCUGCCACUCAGGGCCUGGGUCUCCAGCUCUCUGCCACUCCCAUCACAUUUCCUCAUCCCCUGGGCCUCCCAACCUCCAGGCUGCAGGACUCUGGCUUAUUAAAAACAGAAAAAUCAACCUCUCAACAUGUCUUUCAUUUUGGUUUUGCAAACGCUGCACUCUCCCGCCCUCCCGCCCUCCCUGCAUCCAUUCAUUUCUCAUCCUUCAUUCUCUACCCCUAGUCCUGUCUCCUUUCCUGCAUCCUGGCCUCUCGCGGUCCUUGGUCCCUCACCCCAGUAUUGCAGAUCUCGUGGUCUUCCUGUCUCAUAGCCAACCUAUCUCUGGCCCAUGGUUUUGGGGUUCUUCUUGGGUUUUCUCCCACUUUCGACCUGGAAUCGGCAAACCCCUUUCGUGCCCUCUUACCCCCAACUCCAGGGACGGCUAUUUUGAGAUCACCCUUCAGGCCUUUCCAAAGCAAAGUCCUUUUGUCUGUCAUGGAGCACGCAGGCCCGUGCCCUGUCCCUGUCUGCAGCCACCACACACACAGGCACCACCGGGAGUGCCAGGGAGGCCCACGGGGUGCAGGACGCCUCUGAUGAGCAGUCUAGCCAAAGAGCUGCCUCCAGGGGCCAUGAGGGUAGUGGCCAGGCUGUUGAACUUCCAAGGGGCCACUCGGGUCUGGUUCCUUCUCUGCAUACACCAGCAGGGCUGCCUGGUUAACCCCAUCAAACUCGGCGCUUCACGGCGGAUCAGCCUGGCACUUGGGAGAGACGCCCCCCCACACAAGCGCCGAAGAUGGAAGCCCCUCUGGACCUGAUGUUGGCAGCAGCUGUGCUUUCUGCUCUGAGGACUUUUUCCAGAAGGACGUUUCCUGGCCUUCACCCACCACAGCAUCCCUGCCUUUAAAGCUCUUGUCUUCAGACAUUUCAUGGCCAAAGAGGUGCCAUUGGCUUGCCUCCCUGCUUGCCAUCCUGACCUGCCUCUCCACAGAUUCUUUCUUUCUGGGGACCUGCCUCUACCUGCCUGGUUUGGCUUGGGGGGAGGGGCUAUUUUCUGAGCUAAGUUGUGUUGUCAGUGUGGGAGGCAGAAGGGAAGCAGGGGAGCUCCGAGAUGAUGAGCCUGUGAAGCCUGGGGCCCCUUCCUGCCCUGUCAGUGUGGGGAACCUCCAAAAUUCGGCUGGGACCAGCCUCCAUCUCCUUUCCCUACAGUGCAUGGGCUCUGGGGGAGCGGUAGAACAUUCGCCAUCUCUGCCCAGACCUCCUUUCCCUUAGGCGGUGGUGCCUUCCAGAGGUUUCUCAGCGAGGGGGCCCUCCACUGAGCUUCUGGCUGGUGAGAGGGGACCCUCACUGGGGAUGAAGCGAGGCUGACCAUGGGGCAUGCCCAGCACAGCACUUGGCAUAUGAUGGGCGCUCACUAGAUGGACCCCUUCUUUCCCUCCCUGUAGCUCUUUGGGAGCCCUGACCUCAUAGUAAGUUGGGGAGGUAAGAAGCCUCCCUCCCUAAGUCUGCCUCUUCCACAGGCUUCCUCGAAACUUGCCCCAUCCUACCCCGUCCCUCCAGGUCCCCGUGGCUGAAGCUUCCAAGAAGAAGGGACUCCGCCAUGCUGUUUGCCAGCUACACGAGGCAGACGCCCACGGCUCCUCAGGUCCAGUGUGGGCUGCAGGAGGACCAUAGACCCAGCUGCCAUUCUGUGGGGCUGGAGAGGCUCUUGCAAGGUCUCAGGUCUGGCUGAGGAGCUGGUGCCUCUUCCUGCCCUUCACUUCCCAAGGCGAGGCUUCAGGGCAGGGGCUGGGACGCCUUGGGGAGAGUUUAUUUUAAAGAAUAAACACAGGGUCUUGAGACUGGGUUUUGAGAUUGAGUUGAGAGCAGGGAAAAAACCUGAAGGUCGGCCCCUAUGGGGCAGAUCAGGAGAGAAUUCCCUUGACUGUAUUUUUUUAUCUGGUUGUCUUUCCUCUCUGGCUUCCAGGUCCCUGUGCCAGCCAGGUGAGGUACCUGGGUCCCUGUUGUAAGUCAGGAGCCCUGUAGAAAGAGCCCUCCUUUUGUACAAGUACCUGAAUGCUGCAAUGAGCAGACUUUUGUAAAAUUUUAUAUUAGUUUCUAAUGUCAAUGGUGACUCGGUUCCUGGGGGCUGCAGCCAGCCUGGGACUUUUGUAAGAAUUUUUGGGUGACUCACUUAGAUGUCGUCUCCUUCUUGCCUCCUCUUCCUCUGUGUAAUCUAAGUGCA